CUCUAUUUUUAUCCCCAUAUAUAUACCUCCUUUUCCUUCCGUUCACUGCCUCUCAACACAAAUCAAGACUCACUGUGAAGAAUUCCUAAUAAAAGUUCUACAGUGAGUAAGCAAAUUUUGCCAAUGGGCGAGAAAGGAGGAGAUGGACGAAAGAAGGGCGGUGCGGUUGCCGUCGUCAACAUGGCCAAGACUAGGAAAAGGGUGGAGGAGAAGACUAGCAAGCAGAAUACACAGAUAAUUACCAAAGAAGUGUACCAUCCGGCGGUCGUCAGCAUGGUCACUAGGAAGAAGGUGGAGGAGAAGACUAGCAAGCAGAGUACACAGAUAAUUACCAAAGAAGGGUACCGUGCGGCGGUCGUCAGCAUAGUCAAGACUAGGAAGAAGGUGGAGGAGAAGACUAGCAAGCAGGGUACUCAGGUACUUAUUGUUAAGGAGAAACUCGAGAGGAUCGCUGAGAUUGUUCCGGUGAAGAAGGAGGCUUUUAUUGCCACGAUCAAGUUCAAGUAGACUUCACUUAAACCACUUUCGGUUUCCCCGCCUUGUUGAACUCUGGGUUUACUUUGUGAGUCUUUCCGUUUCUCUGUGUUUGUUUAGUUUGGUUUUGCUUUGUGUUUGGUUUUGUUCUUCUUUUGUUACAAUAAAUAGGCGGUUGGUUCUUUUCAUAAUAAAAAAAACCACUUUCGGUUGGUA